GUUCACCGUUGAAGCGGCGAAACAACGUCUGAGACACUUAGGAGCAGUCAGGCAACGAAUUCCAGACGUGGGAAUAGUGACGCCGGAAAUUGCCGAACAGGCAGUGAGUGUCAUGAUAGGUGGCAUUCAAUCAGGAAAGCUUGUCGUUGCUCCUCCCCUUCCUGGGCUAGGAGCUCCCGCGGUGGCGAACGGCGCUUCUUCCUGUGCUCCAGCAACGAACGACCAAGCGUCGUCGACAGUAAACAGGCCGCUCGUUGUCGGAAAUUCAGGCGCGACUUCUUCAUCUACCAGAGCAGUACAACAGGUUGCGCCACCACAAUCCGUAGUCACGCCACUCGACGAGAAGAAAUGUCAGAUAUUAAUGAACAAGCUUUCUGCCAGAUUCGAAAGUGCAGGUCUCGACGCGGCGAACAAUAUCGUCAAAAUGCUGGACGCGCGAAAAGACGAUAUCCCGGUUCUGGAGAAAUGGGGACAGACACCGAUUUCAGUACGGCUGGCAUUCAGAGUAUUUUCCCAGUACGCUGCACGACGGCAAAAGGAGCAAAAAGAAGAGGCUGAAAGGAAGAAAAAACUCCAGCCUUCCGCAUCUCAGAAAUCGCGCAAGAGGCAAGCAGGGGGUAUGGCUAGCAGUCAGGCGACACAAGACGACGACUCACAGCGCCCAAGGAAAAAGACAAAGGAGGAGAUUGCGGCGGAAAAAGCCGAGAAAGAACGUAAGAAGAAACUGCAGCAGAAAAAAGCAGAAAUUGAGGCAAAACACGAUGAAGAUGCUGAGGGCGGACCGCCAGGGAAGAAGAAAAAAAUGACAAAAGAAGAAAAAGCAGAGGCGAAAAGGUAAUACCUGAGAGAAGGAAUCUCUGUUUGUUGUUGUUCUUGCUCUUACUUGUGAUCAAAUGAAUUAGAAAUAGAAUUAGACUUCAGAUACGAUCAAUGGUAAACAAAGCUGAAGGUGACUGAGUUGUUCGUUCUACUUUUCUUUCGCACAUCUACUUUCUGGAUGGACUACUCACACUGUAACAGCUAAUUGAUAGUCUGAUUUGAGUGCUGCAAUAUGAAACGAGCAUAAUGAUAGUCCGCAAGUAGUUAGCAUCAACGUCAUGUUUCUUGAGAAUAUUUCUUUUCAUUCUCUGGCUGCAUCUACCACUGGCACUACCAUCGUUCAUGACAACCUCAGGCUGCAGGAGGAAGAAAACGAGCGCAUUGGCCGUGAGGAGGAGGCGCGACUCGAGGCUGCAAGAAAGAAAUUCGAAUCCAAGACGGAGGAAGAAAAAGAGGAAUAUUUCAAUAACAUCAAGGCUGAGCGGAUCAAGUCGAUUUGCCGCGAAAUGGACGAGCAAAUGGAGCAACUGUUGAAUAAACCACGCACUGAAGGCGUGGAAAAUGAGGCAAAUGGAAAAGCAACAAACGAUCACGCGGAUACUAGCAGGCGGACUUCCGGUAGUCCGCGUCGAGGCGCGAUCGAGAUUAGCCCCGCGAGUACGCCAGAUGAUAGUCAGGAAGCAGAAGAUGAGAAGAAACCGGAUGAUAGCAAAGAAGAUGCUGAAAUGGCAAGUGAAGAAGAUAGCGAGAAGAAGAAGAAUGACAGCACCGCAAUAGACCCAGAAGAGCGGCGGAAAUACUACAUGAAGCUCGUGCACCGCAUAGAGGAGGAGGUCACUGGUCAGAACAUGCCUCGUUUGAAAGUGCCGUUGAUGGAACACCAAGUUGAGGCGCUGCAGUGGCUUCUGUCCAUCUACAACAACACUACAGGAGGGCUCCUUGCCGAUGAAAUGGGACUCGGGAAGACCGCUUCCAUCAUCUCGUUUCUUGCGUAUUUACGGGAGCACAAGAAGAAUUUUGGCCCGCACCUUAUCGUCGUGCCCAAAACGGUGUUACAAAACUGGCAGAACGAGAUUCGUCGCUUUUAUCCCGCGCUCGCCGACGACGGCUUCGUCGUGUACCAGGGCAACGUAGACGAGCGCGAUGAGCUCGAUGACCAGAUUCUGGAGAGGCUCGAGCAGAUUAAAGCUGGCGACAAAACGAAGUCGCUUUUGAUUCUAACCAAUUACGAGAUGGUAAAACCGGAUAAGAACUUCAUGCUUCUGGAGCCCGAGUACGAAGUAGUCAUCGUGGACGAAGCACAGCGCAUGAAAAGUGCAAAAACGCAAUUUUCACAGGUGAUGGCCCAGAAGGUGUCGGCGAAAAAGAAAUUGCUGAUGACUGGCACGCCGUUGAGCAACCGGCUGUCGGAACUUUGGUGUCUGUUGAACUACAUCCUGCCAGACCUGUUCGAGUCGUCGCAGGAGUUCGAAGAGUGGUUUUCUGCCCCGUUCCGUGAGGAGAUGGACGCUUUGCACCAAAUCGUCGCUUUUACCGAAGACGAAGAGGCUAUGCUCACAAAAAACCUGCACGCGAUGCUCGCACCGUUCAUGCUGAAACGCAUGAAGAGCGAAGUCUUCGGCGAGAAGAUGCCACCUUGCACGCAGAAAACCAUUCGGAUCUCACUGUCGCACUGGCAGCGAAAGUUGUACCACGAAUUGCAAGAGAAAUCGUUGGCGAUCGAGGAGACGAAGCAGCAGCUCGAACUUCGCGCGGAGCUUGGUGGCGACGAUGACGCGACCGAAUCGCAGGCGGCGAACAGCUUGGCAGAGUUGCGAGACGAAAAACGGCAAGCGCAGCACGAAAUGAGCAAUAUCAUGAUGCAGAUGCGGAAAUGCGCGAUACAUCCUUUCUUAUUCUCAAAUGCAAACCAGUCCGCUACCCUCAACCUCACGCGCACAGCCGGCAAAUUCGAAGUCUUGGAGCGCGUCCUAGCAAAAUUGUGCUCACCUAGAGUCGACCACAAAGUCUUGCUUUUUUCGCAGUUCACGAGCUGCCUCGAUAUUAUCGAGGAUUUUCUCGAAGCCUGGCACGAGAAAAUCACGGCUAAGAAAAAUGCAUUAGCCGGUCCAAAACACGCGAAGCUGAGUAAAGACGAGCGGUCGCACUUCCCGCACCUCGGCUAUCUGCGCAUAGACGGGCAAGUAUCUGCAAAAGAGCGCCAGAAGCUUAUCGACGAGUUCACGAAGACUAAAAACUUGAAAAUCAUGCUGCUCAGUGCCAAAGCUGCUUCGGUCGGCAUCAAUCUGCAAUGUGCCGAUACGGUGAUCAUCUUCGAUCAGGAUUGGAACCCGCAGAACGACCGCCAGGCAAUUGGGCGAGCCCAUCGCGUAGGCCAAACGCGAGAAGUUCGGGUGCUCCGUUUCAUCACUACUUGCGCAGUAGAGGAAAUCAUGGAACAAAGAUGUAGAGAAAAAUUAGACAUGGAGCAAAAAAUUAUCGGGGCAGGCGGAUUCAACACGGGGUUAAACAAGGAGGCGCCGAAAGACCAUCCGGUAUUCUUUCCUUGUUUAAUCAACUUCUCCUGCACCUCGUCUACACCAGCUUUAUACUACUACCUAGUACAAGCAACACCGCUACAAAUCUGAUUCUCAUUCUUGUAUUUAAAAUUUGGACGAAAUAUUCAAUGUUGUCCUUGUCGUAUGUCGCAUGGUAUGCGAACUCACCGCAAGCGCAAGAAUGGAUUACUCGAAAACUCAAAAUAAGCGAGUUACUGACUGAAAUAAGGGGGGUAGCUUAACAUCAAGGCUACUCAUCUUCCUUCUCAUCAGUAUCUCCCUUAUUUUCAGUAGUUACUUGCUUAUUUCAGUUUUUCGAAUAGAAUAUGCUGCGCCCUUUGUAAAAUCUAUUCAAAUAAUAUAUCAGCUCCAUAACGAACCCGAAAAUAAUACCAAUUCUCCAACUUCUCAACGCAGAUGACUAACCACGCAGCAGUUAUCAAAAUGAUUCAAGAUGCGAAGGAAGCUGCUGCGAAGGGUGCUGUUGCGUCCAAGUAUGACGACGGCGGUCACGUCUCCAAGUUUCCGCCUACGACAGUCCCCGAAUUGAACCAAAUGCUUUCCCGCACACCAGAAGAGGUGUCUAUCUACGAAGACAUCGAUAAAGAAAACUUCUUCCCGAACGGAACAUUCGGAGCGUCUGCCGGAAAUUCAUCCUCGCAGAUGGCAAAAAAGGCUUCGACUGAAGAGGAGCUAGACGCGUUGACGCCAGAGGAUCGGAUGAAGCGAGUAGCAGAACUCUCCGAAAAAAGCAUGGAUGCUCUGGUCGCCGCAAAUCGCCUUUUAGCACGAGAAGAGGUGCCAGAAGUGAUGAAACUAGAAGAAGAUAGCGAAGACGAUGAAUCCAUGGAGUAG